ACGUUUUUUCACAUCUUUUAGAAGGAAGGCAUAUUUGGGAAAUUAGUUAGAAAUCUGCUAGUUGGCUAGCAUACUACACAAAAUGGAAUCAAUAUGAUAUAAGGAAAAAAUGGUUAAAGAAAUCCAAAAUCGUAGAGCUGAUCUAAGAUUGGAACAUUAAAAAAUGCCCACAGGCAAGGGUAGCCAAACACCAGCAAAACUGAUGCCUUCAUUUAUUGUUCAAUUUUUAGCAUCACCAGUCCACUUGGCCUCCCAUUUUCAGGGACCAUUGUACUUUCAGAUUUGAGGUUCAAAUGAAGACAUAAGGAACACUGUUGUUUCUCAAGCCAGAAUAUGAUGCUUACAAAUUUUGUCUGCUAUUUUACCAAGCCCUUUCUUUCAUUUCAGAUUUUAGAAUUUCUGAUCAUUCAACUUCAGGGUAAAAAGGGGAAACAGUUGGAAAGAUCUUCCAUGCUCGAAGGAACAAUCGUUAUUUCUUUGGACGUUCAAGAUUUUCCCCAGCGUGUGAACCAGUCCCACUGUGCUGCAAUUAUUGCUGCAAAAGGUGAUUUGUGCCACAAAAUCUUGAAUGACCUAACAUUCAAAGAAGUACAAGGCUUAUUGCCUUUCUGCCAGAGUGGCGUCCUGCAUGGAAGAGGGUGUCCUCAUGAAUCUCUGCAUACCAUGCCUUUUCAACUUUCCUUUCAGCUGUAUGAGAAAUCUGAAGUCCUCAAGGAGGACAGUGCCACAUUGAAACAGUUCAUCCAUAGGACCAGCCUCAUGCACACCACAAUCAAGUUUCAUUACUGUGUAAAAGUUAACGGCAACAUCUCCGCUGAGACAUAUAGCCCAGAAGGGAAAGUCAGCACAUGUUUGCCAGAUGGAACCACGUUACUUACUGAUGGGAGACAUUUUAUGAGAUCAGAAUGCAAGGCUGUAAUCCCAUCGUGUGAUAACAUUCACCUUGUGACUGGUGAACGAGUCAGUCUGUUCAUCCCAGAUGAAUUAGUGGACAGAGGUUUCACAGGUACCUUGAGUCUCCUACCUGCGGUGUCCCUGUGUCCCUGCCAGAAAUCUUUCCCUAACCAGCCUGCAAAGAUAUUUGCUGCCUCUGUAUCCUUUGCUCUGAUCAGUGAUCAACCAUCAAUAUAUAUAUUUCUUUACGAUCCAGCUGGGCUGCCCGUACUGUUUUCUGCCGAGGAAAUCUCGUAUUCUUUCUUUGAAGAUCCUUCCCGCUUAGCAUCAUGGGGCAAAUAUGCCUACCAAGCCACACUAAAUCCGGCUGCAUCUUGCAAAACAGACACAGCAAGACCUGAAAUCCAGUUUAACCUUCAAAGCAGACACCAGCAGGAUUCAGAUGUUCAGGAACAGACACUGCUGCUCUUCUUUUUUCUGGGUUACGUGGAUCCGUUUCAGGACAAGCCAACGUUCAGUUUCUGGGACCGGCGGGUGAUUCUGUCCCAUCUCUCACCUAUCCUCUUCUGCAAUGAGCAGGCUGUGAAAAAGGCUACCCAAGGACUGGUGAACGAAGUCCUGGAUCAACACCACAGAGUAUUCCAGGAGCAACAGAAGCUGGCCCGUUCUUUACCCAUCAUGGCCUCUGCCAUUUCCAGAAUCGUCUCGAGCAGCACCGACAGCGAGUUCCGGAGGAAGUGUCUCCAUAGCCUGCAGGUUGCAGAUACUCACGAAUUCCAGGAAAGCAUCCGAGAGACUUUGAACAAAGUCAUUCUUAAUCAACGGAAGCCCAGUCAUGCCUGUGAGAUCAAAAGGCCACUGCCUAGAAAGAAUAAGACAAGGCCAACCUCCAUUCAUCAGAAAACGUUGUGCUCCUGUAUUAGCCAUACAGGAUUGGAGGCAGGGGAAGGAACCUGCGAGAGAGAAGGACUUUGGUUUGAUUGCUCAGGGUGUGAUCAAAUAAGCACGACAAAGAAGAGAAAGCCAGCCAAUAGGAGGAUCCCCUUGGAAGCGGAUUCAGAAGACCUUAGCUUCAUGUCCGGUGAAGCCAAAAACCAGGAACCUGAAGCAAGUCCCUCAACAAGAGCAGAGACCACGUCAACCUCUUCCUUUCCAUCUUUUUCUAAGAGUCAGAGUGAUAUUUUCCCAGACAAAAGUCAAGGAAAGGAUGGGGUCGGUGGAGCAGAAGGGAGCAAACAUCUGUGUCAGGAGGAGAAGGACGUUUGGGCUCGGGAGGUCUUCAACAUGGGCAAGUGGACCUCUUGAAGCAGCCAUUCCUGUUCACUUAACGGAAUUCCCGGGAGUGUCUCGGGCGAGGCAAUAAAUGAAAAAAGCCA